UGCAGCCCCGCAGGUCCUGUCACAGGAUGUCCGUGUGUGUCUCCUCGCAGGACACAAACCAAGAAAAUGACCUCGGAGUGUCAUUUGUCCAAUGAUCAGUCAGCAGCAGCUCGGCUCGGCUUAUUCCCAGCGGCUGACAGGCCGAGCAGCACCAAACCUGCUUGUUUGUCUCAAAUCUGCUUCCAAAAUGGACACAAAUGACACAACUGGGCUCCAGGAGACGUAAAGUGAGAGCCGAGCGCUCCACCGAGGAAGCUCAAACUGAUGUCAAACACCAAACUGGAUGUUUUUGUGGCUGCUGAAAUUUCAUUCUGCGCAUGAUGACGCGUAAAAGUGUGCGCUCCGGCACCGCACGGCUAGCAGCGGCAGCGGCAGGAAGUAUGCUGUCGAAGCGGCGGUAGGGGGGACAAGAGCCAAGAACCCGAAGUCGGUGGUUGAAAAGGCAGGAUGAAAAAAUAACCAUGCCUAAUCCGUGAAACGCACACAUUUUGCACCUCACUGCCGUGCAACGUUCACCUUGCGGGCGCAGAGGCCAAUUGAGGGUGAUACCUCAUUGGCUGGUGUGACCUCGCAGGCCCGCCACCUCCAAGGGUGGGCCACGAUUGCCUGGACCUGCUCUGAAGACUCUUGGGGAGAAAAUGGCUGCCACCGCCGCCCCCCAGCUGAAGAGUUAAGCCACGCUGUUUCCUCCUCCACCUCCACAACAUCACUGUUCAUUACUGUGUCGUGAACUGUGAUUCCCUCCAACUGAUUUGCUUUAGAGUACUAUGGCAAUGCAUGAUAUGAGUCGUGCCAAGGGUUUCCCCUGUAAAGAGUGUGAUAUGGUUUGCCCGAGUACUCCAAGUCUUCUAGAACAUAUGAAAGCACAUUAUCAGCAAGAAGAGACUGGACGUUUUGAGUGUGAACAGUGUGGCCGAAUUUACAAGCACGCUGCUAGCCUAGCUAAUCAUAAAAAAUCUCACGAAGUGGGUUCAUUCCAGUGUCCUGUUUGUACGCGUACUCUACCCAACGCAGUAGCUUUGAAGAACCAUCUGCGUAUCCAUACAUUGUCCCCUAGUAGUGCACACACGGAGGAAGAGAGCGAAGAAGUACCCGAAGAAGCAGGCCCCGACGAGAGGGACUACGGUCUCGCCCAAGACCUCUCAGACGGGUUUGGGCGCUCCCAUCUGAACAAUAGUGGUAUGGGCCAUAGUGUCCUGCAAAGCCACGAGACAGACGACCACGGAAAAAAAGGCUCUCCUGAAUCUGACGACGCCUGGGACAGGCCAUUCAAGUGCGAUCAGUGUGACAGAACCUACCGGCACCACGGUAGCCUGGUGAACCACAAGAAGUGUCACCAGCAAGGAACUUUUAAGUGCUCUGUGUGUUUUAAACAAUUUAGCAACCUGGCUGCCUUAAACAGCCACGAGAGAACUCACUCAAAGUUCAAGACCCCCGGGGCAUCCAUGGUGAGUAGCAGCAGCAGCAGCAGCAGCCUCCACGACUCGGAGCGCAGCAGUGGCACCCAGUCGUCCCAGAGUGACGACACUGCGUCGUGUUUCUGCCACCUGUGUCAGGUAGCACUGCCGAAUAAGGCAGACUUCCAGGAGCACAUCCUGCUGCACAACACGGCCUCACCCUCCCUUGGACUACCACGCAGUUUCCCAGGCAUCAUGCCUCACAAUCUGAGUGCGGUUCGAUCCCCAGCAUACACCCCCGCCCUAGGUGACCCUCUGCCUCUGCCACCCCUGCCCGGUGAAAAAAGAGGUCCCUAUGACCCCAUAAUGGGCCCUCCAGUCAACAAUCCCAUCUACACAUGUGCAUACUGCGGCGCAGGACACCCAGAUCUGGAGACAUUGAAAGUCCACUAUCUGACUCAUGAUCCCCACCCAGCCUCACAUGGCCAGGACAGCUCCAUCCUCAACUCAGACACACUAAGCUCUGGAUCACAGGGCUCUGUGUCUUCUCCCUCUGGUGGUCGCGUGCCCCAGGCCAACUCUCCAGAUGAUGGAGAGCGGCGCUUUAAGUGUGGGGAGUGUGGCAAAAGCUACCGGCAUGCAGGAAGCCUGGUCAACCAUAAACGCUGCCAUCAGACAGGCCACUACCAGUGCACCAUCUGCUGUAAGCAGUACCCUCACCUGGCAGCACUGCACAGCCACCUACGAAGCCACAAGGGUCGCCCCUCCAACCAGCCUAUUAGUAAUGACAGCAAUGACUGGCUGUCCCCAGAGCCGCUAACUCUGGACUCCCAGCAGAGCUACGUCCAAGAAGGCAGUGGAGCCACCACUCCAAUCUCACUGCCGGGAAAUCUUGGUGAUGCCGCCCACUUUGUUCCGGAUGGUGGCCACAGCAGUGGGUUGGACUCCCUUGAGUUCCACGAUCGCUUUGAUGGCAGUUCACUUUCCCAGAGCAACGCUGCUCACCGUCAGGCCGACAGACAUGUAUGUGCAGACUGCGGUGAGAUGUAUGGAGAUGUAUCUGGCAUCAAGUCGCACAUGUGCCCCCGGCGUGGCCAGCAGCCACAACAGCAGCAGGGCAACAUGUCCAAUGGUUUUAUGGGCAGCAUGAACUAUCACAGCUCCAGUGGAACCUCACUGCCUGCUGGAAGCUCCAGCAGCCUGAAAGAAGGCAGCAGCCAGCGGCAGUACUCCCAGAGUGGUGGCAAGAGAAUGGGGAGCAAUGACAAAGAUGAUGACGAUGAUGGAGAAGUGUAUCAGUGCUCCGUGUGCGGCAACCACUAUGCCAGCCUCAGAGCUCUAAGGAGCCACUUGCGUAGCCAUGCCAAUAACCCAACAGGGCCUGGACCUUCCAACCUGGAGCAGGAUUGGAGGAUGAUCUGCUCCACCUGUGGCCAGAGCUUUGCCAGGAAGCAGGAUCUCCUGAAUCACCAGUUAGUCCAUGGGCCCCAAAGGCCUGAUGGCCAGCAACAGGGUAUUGGAGGCAGCUCGGCUAAUGGCAGUGACAAGAUGGACGGACGCAACCACAUUUGUGUUGACUGUGGUAUGUUUUUUGCUGAUCGUCACCACUUGAUAACUCACUUGUGCCCCGGCAAGAAUCGGGCCGUCUCAAUGAGCAAGCAGGGCCUGAAUGGAGCCAAAGGGAUGUCUGGAGGAGAUGGAGUAGGUGGUAGUGUUGCUGGAGGAAGCCGUGAUGUUGGUGGUGAUGGGCGUAGGCCUAUGGUUGACCAAAGUGACAAGCCCCACAAGUGUGACCAGUGUGGACGAGGAUACAGACAUCCCUGCUCACUCCUUAACCACAAAAAGUCCCAUAAGACUGGUGUUUUCCGCUGCCUGGUGUGCCAGAAACGCUACUAUAAUCUGCUGGCUCUGAAGAAUCACCAAAGGACCCACUUUGAUCUAAAGAGGCACAAGUGUGAAGAAUGCGGCAAGGCUUUCAAGAUCCAAAAGCAGCUGAUCAACCACCUUCGUCUCCAUGAGGAGCAUCGGGCCAAAGGUCUUGUUCGGACCGGCCCCAACGGUUCCCGCUUCCAGCAGCCUGGUCCAUCUCAAAUGCAGACUAUGAGAGGAGAGCCGUCAAAGGGCCAGGUAAUGGGCAUGAAAUACAGCCAUCAAGGGUUCAAAAAGCCCUACUCUUCAGCUGGAACUUCCAGGCCCCAGAAAUUUGAUCCAGCUGAAAGUGGACGACGGCCCUUUUCCUGCGAAGAAUGUGGAAAGACAUACCGCCAUGCAGGCAGCUUGGCCAAUCACAAGAACCUUCACAAAAUUGGGGAGUACCACUGCAAUGUUUGUAACUCUACAUACCCCAACAGACUGGCAAUGAAAAACCACUUACGUCUCCACUUUGCCCAGAAGAAGCACAACUGCCAAGAGUGCGGCAAGGGUUUCCGCACCCAGAGGCAGCUAGCUACCCACACUACAGCAGGACUGUGCAAAGGCCCGCAGGGACCAGGGGCCCAAAUGGAUUUUGAAUGCGAUGGCUGCUGUGAAGGCUUUGCCACGGCUGAUGAGCUUGCAGCCCAUGACUGCCCAGCCCAGCACCUGCCUUCGUCAUCAUCCACUAACAGCUCCACCAACAUCAGCAUGGAGAGGAGCUCUGUGGAAAUGGACUCUGAUGAGAGACCCUAUGCCUGUGACCUGUGCAGCUGCGCCUACAAACAUGCAAGCUCUUUGCUGAACCAUAAGCACACGCACAAGACAGGCAACUUUCGGUGCAACUUCUGCGACAAGCCCUACACCAACUACAUGGCGCUGCGCAACCACAUGCGUAUCCACACGCAGCGGAAGAAGCACAUAUGCCACACGUGUGGGAAAGCCUUCCGGCUGGCCAGGUUCCUCCGCAACCACCAGAAGGUCCAUGAGGAGGGUGCCACCCCCUUCGGCUGCCCCACAUGUGGGAAGAGUUUCCAGGGGAGGUCCGGUCUGGCCAGGCACCGCUGCGGGGACAACCAGGUAGGCAUGGAAGUCAGGAGGAAGGCCACUGCACCCACGGGAGAGGGAGAAGAGUGUCGGUACACAUGUGAUCAAUGUGGCCGCUCCUACCGCCAUGCCAGCUCUCUCCUUAACCACAAGAACACCCACACUGUCGGCAUCUACCACUGUGCCGUGUGCCUCAAGACCUACUCCAACCUGCUUGCCCUGAAGAACCACCGCCGUAUCCACUCCGAGACACGGCGCCACCGUUGCCACGACUGCGGGAAAGCCUUCCGUGUUUCCUCCCAACUCUACAACCACCGACGUGUCCAUCAGAAACAACGGGAACUGACCUGUCGGUCCUGCCAACGAGCCUUUCCUACACAUGCCAGCUUCAGGCUCCACAUGGAGAUCACACAUGGUCAGGUGCCACAGCCCCGCCAGCCCAGACCCCAGCAGCCCCGACCAGGGGGCUCCCAGGAGCUGGGCUGGGGGUCAGGCCUGGACCUGACGUUGAUGCAAGAGCAAGGACUCGACUCUGGCAGCAUGACCAAAGGCCGCAGUCGUGGGGGCAACAGUGAGGUCCUCAAGCCCCAUGUCUGUGACCAGUGUGGCCGGUCUUACCGCCACGCCAGCUCCCUGCUCAACCACAAGAACAGCCACAAGACUGGGACCUACUUCUGCAACUCCUGCCAGAAGGAGUUCCCCAACCUGAUGUCCCUCAAGAACCACAGACGGAUCCACACCGAGCCCAAACGCUACCAGUGCCCCGACUGUGGCAAGUCAUUUCGGGUGUCCACCCAACUCAUCUGUCACCGCCGCAUCCACACCAAGGAGAAGCCGUUCUCCUGCCAACAGUGUGACAAGCGCUUCUCCUCCAAGUCCAACCUGAGGCACCACAUGAAGGUGCACUGGAGCAGCUCAACGGCGCCCCCUCCCAUGACCAUGGGUGCGCCCAACUUCCUGGCACCGAGAUGAGCUUUGCCACUUUGUCACUUUCCACACAGAUUUCCAAAAUCACGAGGCCUCAUUCACACACACAGAUUCAGCGUUGGCAGCAGUGAAGGUUUCGCUCGUUUCUUCGGGUCCGAGUGACUCGAUUAAAGUCACUCGGGCUUUUUUCAUGUGGUAAAACUUUGACAGCACACUCUGCAGGGAGGUGCUCACAGGGGAGAGGAACGUUUCAGCUCGCGUGCUGUCGGUCCGGCUCUCGGCUGCCAUGUUUGGAUCUGCGUGUGUGGACAGGAGGGUCUGCAGGUUCACCGUCGGCUCUGAACAAGCAGCCGAACGUGGCUGCAGGCUGACAGAGACCACCUCACGAGCGAGGAGUGAAACGAGGGCGAGCCGACAGGACCCUGCUCUCUUUGAUCCUGUAUUGUAUUCGUUCUCCUGACUGUGUUCUCUGCAGUACCUCUUUGAUAAGAAGGAAAAUACGACAGAUCAUUGUAGUAAUGCAUUUAUUUAUAUUAUUAACACUUGUAAUGGACGGCGCUAGUCUUUAGGAUGUGUGAGUUUAGAGCUGUGUUGAUGUAAAAAAACAAAAAAAAGCAAAGAAAACACCACCCACCUGACCCCCCCCCCCCCUUACCCACAAUGCCCCUGUUCUCUGGAGAUGAUGGACUCCGAACACUCGGCUCCUCUGAGACUCUGCUGUGUUCUGAUAUGUGAACUUUAAGGAACUGUAACCACAUGAUGGAAAGUGUUUUUCUCGCCUUUUGCCAAGUGAUGUUGUGACGGUCUUUCUCAGUCGAGCCUUCCCAUCAUCCCUUUCUUCCAUAUUUAUCUCUGUGUCGAGUCUGACUGAAGCACCCCUCCCCCCUCGUUUCACAGAUUUCAAACUCACAUUGAAAAGGGACGACUCGGUGAUCCUCCUCUUUGUUCGGAGUGCAUUCAGUCCUCAUCAGCUGAACCUUUUUUAUGUUACACUUUUAUGGUAACCUCUUGUAUUUAUUGGUGUCAUUUUUUCCCUUCUAUUUAAAUGCGUUUUAUGACUAUUUGAAAGCCUCUGUGUGUGUUUAAAAACACAGUUUGUCAGCGUUUUCAGGAGCACUGGUGCUAGUUUUAAAAAAGAAAAAAGAAAAAGUCGAAGCCGUGCAGUGACCGUCAAGUGCUGUAGGAGUCCAUGUGAUCUUGAUCUAGAACACAGAAAUAAUAACUGUACAUUCUCUAUUUUUAUUUUUGCAUUUUAUUCCUCCACCAUGUUUGAGUUUGGUUUUCUGAGUGGACUCUUUCCUGUCUGCAUUUCAAGUAGUUUUUAGAAAGAAGAAGAAGAAGAAGAAGAUUGGUUUGGAACAAUUAUAACCCUUUUUUGUUUCAAAGUCUAACUUUUGUUUCCAUGCAUAUAUAUGUAAUGCUUACUAUACACUUUUAUAAACUAUGUUUUGAUAAUUCAUUUCUUAACAGAAAACUUGUCCAUAUACUAUAACCCUUACUGCUGAGUACUGAAAAUAAAUAGCUGAAAACAAACCCCA